AUGCCUCGAAUGCCCGACGACAUCCUUUACUCGCGGGACAAACCCUGGCGUGACGACGAACCUAAUCCCUUCGUCACCCUCCCUCGCCCAACGACCGAGUACAUCGACUUAUACAUCAAGCUCGUCGGUUUCGACGGAACCUAUCGCAUUGUCUCAGUACCCUCGACUUUCACCUUCGCGAAUCUGCAUGUCCUACUCCAAUUUCUCUUCGGCUGGGAAAAUUCGCACCUACACCGUUUCGAGGUCGUUGACCACGUCAAGAUGGACAAGCGACACAAGGGCGAAAUUCGCAGCUUCGGCCGUUGGACGGACUUGUGGCGCAAGUUCACGCCUGUCGAGGCCCAGCAGUAUCAGGAAGGGAAGGGACAUUACCCGCUCAUGCACGUCUCGGUGCGACCGCGUGUAACGUUCCCGGAUUGGUUCGAGGGAGUCGACGACGACGGAGUGCUGGACAAGUUGGUGCAUGACCCGGAACUGACGAUGGAGAGAAUCUGGAAUCUCGAUGAAGAACACAACGCAUGCGAGCUGGUGGGGUGUGACUGCGGAAACGAGGAGAUUGCCAUUAAGUACGUAUAUGACUUCGGUGACAAUAAUGAGGUACAUAUUUCCCUCAACGGCGAGCAGCCCUACCGUACAGUGCGUGAGCCAUCCAAUGAACCAAUCAUCAAGAAAGCCCAAGGCUCUGCUAUGCGUGAGCACGCUGUCCCUCUGGGCGAUGGAUACGAAGACGAGCCUGAUCCAGCCAAGAAGGCCAUCGACGACCUUUUCUUCGAACCUGGCGCCUUUGCACGAUACUGCGCCAGUCAGCUGCACACUGUCGCACAGAAGGAUAAGCUCGAAGUGUACACCGAGGAAACACGUCAAGAGCAAAUUCGAGAGCGUGAGCGGCGAGAGGAGGAGCGCAAGCGUCGACGUGAGGAGCAGGGUUUAUCUCCUGAGCCGGAAGACAUACGUCUGGUGCUGAUGCGCGAGGCAAUGGAGGGGAAGCCGAUCCGUACAAGCAACCGGAUUCGAUGA